AAUCCGAAUUUUAAUUUUUCUAUCCUUUUGUAGCGUAGGUGCACAUAUUUGUUUUGACAUACAUAAGUGCAAACAACGUAGAAAGCCUGUUUCAACGUGUUCUCGAAGUGUGAAUGGAAUUUUACAACUAACGGGACAUCAUUUGAUAUGCAUACACAUUUCUGGAAUAGCAUUACACGCGACGACAUCAAUUUAAAUUCCAAUAUGGCAAAAAGACGUGCACAUAAAACAUUAUCACUAGCUGAUAAAAUUAAAAUAAUACAAGAGAUAAACCGCGGACAAUCUGGAAAACUUUUAGCAGAUAAAUAUGGUGUAGGAACUUCUACAAUUUGUGACAUAAAAAAAAAUUCCGAAAAUAUUAGGAGAUUUGCUGAGAAUUCUGAUGAAAAACUUUUGAAGCAGCGCAAGACACUCAAAACGGGUGAGUACGAAGAGUUUGAGCAAAAAUUAUAUGCUUGGUUUGAAGAGAAGCGGUCACGACAUCAAACCAUUUCAGCGGGAGUUUUACGACAAAAGGCAAAAUCACUUUAUCAGAAAAUGUAUAACAAUGAAUCGUUUAAAGCUAGCGAUGGAUGGUUUCAAAAGUUUAAGAAACGAUUUUCUGUGCGAAACUUAAAAAUAUGCGGAGAGUCUUUAUCUGCUAGACCAGAUCUUGUUCCUGCUUUUCAAAAUGAGCUCUACAAUGUAAUUGAAGCUGAAAAUUUGUUGGACGACCAAAUUUAUAAUGCUGAUGAGUCUGGACUUUUUUGGAAAAUGUUUCCAGACAAAACUUUAGUGCAUUUUAAAGAAAAAUCAGCUCCAGGCACCAAAAUGAGCAAAGAGAGAAUCACCUUCUUAUGUUGUGCUAACAAGACUGGAAGUCACAAGCUACAGAUUGCAGUGGUUGGUAAAUCAAAAAACCCUCGGUCAUUUAAAAAACAAAGGGUGAUUGAAUAUUACUCAUCAAAAAAUGCAUGGAUGACAACAUAA